AUGUCUUGGAGCGAAGAGUCAAUUAACUUUCUUGAUACUAAAAUCUAUAAGGAUGGUUCCCUCUUAAAAACAGAUAUAUUCAGAAAGGAUACUGAUAGGAAUAGUCUCCUACACUUUUCUAGUGCCCAUGCACCUGCUUUGGUGAAAUCUUUGCCAUACAGUCAAAUGCUGAGAGUAAAGCGGAUAGUAAAAGAUGAGUCUUUGGCUUUACAGAGAUUGCAGGAGAUGGGUACUAGGUUUGUGCAGCGAGGGUAUCCUCCUGAUUUGAUUCAGGAGACAAUUGAUAAGGUGGUACAGUUACCUGAUGAAAGGGCCAAGAUUGGAAAUAUCCAUAAGAGAAAGGACCCUGACAGGAUGGUAUUUGUGUCUGAGUACAGCACUUGCAGUACAGAAAUACAAAGGAUCAUUAGGAAGCACUGGUAUUUCUUAAGAGAGUGCAACCCUGGGGUACCAGCAUUUCGCCAACCGCCAAUGCCAGCCUAUACUAGACUCCCUAGUUUAAAAGAUAAAAUUGUUAAGGCUGAUGUUGGCUCAAAAAAGAAAUCCAGAUUGGGUUUUUUAACUGAUGAAAACAAAAAAUGGCAUCAACAGACCCUCAACAAGCAACUUGAAUUGAUUGAAAAAAAACAAAAGCAAAAACGACAAGAUGGUCGCAUGGUCCGAUCAACUAUGGAGAAUCGGACACAAAUAAAGAAAAUAAAGAAAAUGGAGGAUAAAGUAGCUGUCAGGGAACUAACCUGCAGCAACAUUAACAGUGCAAUUUAUAAUGGACUUGACAGCCAAUCAGAAAUUGAUGAUGAACCUCCGGCUGGAGGAUUCCAAAGACAGAUUGUCACAAUGGGGCAAUCAAACCCGAAUGAUCGACAGACACUAUUCAAAGACAAAUUAAAACUGAGAAAUGGAAUUGACAGCCAAUCAGCUGUUUAUAAUGCACCUCCGGCUGGAGGAUGCAAAGAUAAGAUUGUCACAGUAGGGCAAUGCAACCUUUUUGAUGGAAAAUUGGCUGCCGGCGGGCAACCAAAACAGAGUACAAAUUUAAAAGUGACACUGAAUGAAAAUGCAAUCUCAAGAAAAAUAUACAAGAAAAACUACAUGGACUAUUCAAACAUAACAAAAACUGAUACUAGACAAGGAGCAGCCUCAAGCCUCAAAUCCAACAAGGAGAAAUCUGCUCUGAAAACUUCAGCCAAGGUCAACAUUGACACUGAUGAUCUGGAGGAAUUUAUAAGCAGGCCAGCACCAAAAGAUGUCACCAUAAAGUGUGUAAUAAAACGGGACAAGAGCGCCCUGGAACUGGGCAUGUUUCCCAAAUAUUACCUGCAUAUGGAAAAAGAGGACAGCAAAAAGAUAUUUCUUUUAGCAGCAAGAAAAAGAAGAAAAUGCAAGACCUCAAAUUAUUUAAUUUCUAUGGACCCAACUGACUUGUCAAGGGGAGGAGAAGGUUAUGUUGGCAAACUUCGAUCUAAUUUUACCGGCACAAGCUUUACAGCCUAUGAUAAUGGGAUUAAUCCUUUAAAUACGUCAAAUGUACAACUCAGCAAGAUUCGCCAAGAACUUGCUGCCAUAACUUAUGAGACCAAUGUCCUGGGUUUCCUGGGACCCAGGAAAAUGACAGUAACUAUUCCUGAAAUGAACAGUAAUGGGGAAAGAAUUUCCAUCAAGUCACAAAAUGAGCAAGAAUCUCUCUUGUCUCUGAAGAAGGCCGGCAACCCAACUGUCGUUCAACUAGAAAGCAAAAAACCAAUUUUUAACACUGAGACAAUGACAUAUGAAUUAAAUUUCAAUGGACGAGACACCCAGAAGUCUGUGAAAAAUUUCCAGCUUAUUCACCCCAAUUAUCCUGAGGACACAGUGAUGCAAUUUAGUCGCAAGGACGACAACAAAUUUAACCUGGACUUUAAAUACCCUUUGUCCCCAUUCCAGGCAUUUUCUAUUGCCUUGUCCUGCUUGGAUAAAAAAUUUGCCUGUGAAUAAGAUGCUGUGAAUACCAAUAACAUCAAACGCAGACUUUUUUCUUUUAUAUAUUAAAUAAAAAGUUCUAAAAAUUU